UCUGCUUCAGCUGAAUCUUCCCAAGGACGACCGUUUUGAUUCUAUUCAGGGUUUUGAGUAUUCUGGUUGGUACCUCCUGUUCUAUCUCUGUUGUCAUGGACUCUUCUCUCGACGGUGACUCCAUGAAAGGCAGAAAAAUGAGCGUUGAUGAAAAGAGAAAGCUUGUUCAUGAACUCUCAAAAGAUUCGGAUUUAGCCUUCGAAGCCUUGCAGGUGUGGACCCAUGAAGAGAUUCGACAGGUCUUAUGCGCAGAGUUAGGGAAAGAAAGAAAGUACAAGAACUUGACGAAAGCUCAGCUCAUCAACAGCCUCUUGAGAACUGUAUCAGAGAAAAAAGCUCCAACGCCUCCUAUUAAAGGAAACUCUGGAGGAGAUCAAGAAGACAGGAAGAGAGACUCAUCAACAACAACAACAAAAACAACUAAGAGAAACUCAAAAAGACAAAGGAAGAACGCUACUCCUACUCGCUAUGUGAGCGCUGAAUCGGUUAAUAAAGCUAAAGGCGGUAUCUACUGUAAGAACUUGGCUUGUCAAGCUGUACUGAGACAGGAAGACUUGUUCUGUCAAAGGUGUUCUUGUUGUGUCUGCCACAAGUAUGAUGACAAUAAAGAUCCUAGUCUCUGGUUAACCUGCGGUUCUGAUCCUCCGUUCCCCGGUGAAUCUUGCGGCUUGUCUUGCCAUCUGGAUUGUGCUUUCAAGAAUGAAAAAUCAGGUCUCAAGCCAAGUAGUGACGUUGAUGGAUGCUUCUACUGUGUCUCUUGUGGCAAAACAAACAGCUUGCUUGAGUGUUGGAAGAAGCAACUGUUGAUUGCAAAGGAAACCAGAAGCGUUGACGUGCUUUGUAACCGUCUUGUAUUGGCUCAGAAGCUUCUCAAGGGCACGGAGAAGUACAGAAAACUAUCUGAGACCGUGGAGGAAGCUGUGAAGAGUUUGGAAACUGAGUUGUGUGGUGGUCCCCUUACUGAUCUUCCAUCGGCAAUGUGUAGAGGAAACGUAAACAGGCUUGGCUCAGCGCCAAAAGUGAAGGAUCUUUGCUCUUCUGCUUUGAAAUCCCUCCAAGAUACACCAGAGUGUUGCUUCAAAGUUGUUUCCCUUAGAGGCGGCAAACAGUCCAGCGUAGAUGAAACCAAAGUCUCUACAAGAACCCUUCAAGAAGAAGAAGAAGAAACUGUUUCAGAGAAGGUGGUCAAUGGUAAGAGUUCAACAAGCUGCGGGUUUGGGCUGGAGGAUUGCGUGAAGAUUAUGAGACAGCUGGAGUGUUCAGGUUAUGUUGAUAAGAGUUUCAGACAGGAGUUCCUGACUUGGUAUAGCUUAAGAGCCAGUGCUCAGGAGAUGAACGUUGUGAAGACAUUCAUUGAUGCUUUCGGGGACGAUUCAGUAGCUUUAGCUGAGCAGCUCGUCGACACAUUCUCUGAUUGCAUAUCAAGAAAGCGGUGACAAGGAUUCUGUAUGAAGCAGCGACAUUGAUUGGAAGAAUAUUUAUUUAGAAAGGAUUCAACUUUUGUUAGAACAAAAUUAUCAUGUAAACAACAGAAUUUGAUGAAUGGUUUGUUUUGCUCUUUUUAGACAAAGUA